CAAAUAGGGCUGGCAUAAUCGUUUAAAAAAACAACGCCAUAUUCAAGUCCUUUAAGAUUGAAGAACUUGUACAUGAUGUGUACUACAAAUACGUCAUUUCCGAUUAAAAUUAAGUCGAUUUUUUCUUCUAUUCAUUACAUGUUCCUUCAAAGUUGCCCUCUGAUUCAGUGAUGAGUUGUUCUGUUUUUGUUUACAUAAUAAUAAUGUCACACCAACUUUCUUCAUGAAGUUACGGGUAGUUCGUGACUCAUCAAUUUGCUGAGUGUGAAAAAUGUAAUCCCAAGCUUUUAUACCUCGGAUCAUGCCGAUAAGUGAUAACAAAAUUUAUACUUUGAAACUGCAACCACAAUAUGACUCACUGUCGACCGCACGGCGCCAAGCUGUGUGUAUCUGUCCAUCAAAUAAUAGAGGGAAAUUUGCACACCCCUUGUUUUGGGAAGUUGUGGUCGAAACAAAUUCCAAACGAUCUUAGCUAUCAAUUGUUUUCGAACGUCAGAUCGCUUUCUGUUUGUGUGCUUGAUAGUGUAGUUGCGCACGUCAUAACGCUUAACUUUCAUCGAUGUUUCAUUAACUGAUUCGUGUGGGAGAGUUAUGGUUUAGCCGGACUACCAAACAAAGCAUUCUUUCAGUUUCGCGCCACCGUGAAAAAUACUGUCGAUUAUUUGUGAUUACUCAGUAAUUGAUUGUGGAGUAGUCUUGUAGCGUAAUACGGAAGUCGGCGUGGAAAUGAUCCGACUUUCGGAAAGAUUUUUUCAGGUUUCAUGUCUCGGUUUACAUAGAAAUGACAAAAUCCUACAAGGUCCAAAUUAACCCGAUCGAAGUUUGAAUUCUCCGUAAAGUGGUGCCCUGAAACCUCAGUUCUCCAAUGGUCAACACUUGACAGCUUUUGUUGUUUUUUGUCAUCUGCACUCGUGCUGAUUGGCUGGACCAUACGUGAUGGACAAACCGAAUGUGUUUUUGACACGCAUGACACGAAGUAAACAGUGUGCGUAGAUUGGAGAAAAAAAUCUAUCAUGUCUUCAGAUGGGCCUCAGUGAACGGGGUAAAGCUGAGGGCAACAUGGUUAGCGGCGAGAGUACAUCUCUAGUCGACUUCGUAAAAAUGACUAACCCUGGUCUAUUUGAUUUCCAGGACGAGAUACACUCGUUCAUCGAGGCCUUGCUCCCUCAUGUCAAGGCCUUUGCCUAUACGUGGUUUAAUUUGCAAGCAAGAAAGCGAAAGCAUUAUAAGAAGCAUGAAGUACGAAUGACUCCCGAUGAGGAGAGAAGGUGCAAAGAAGAGCUAGAUGCUGAAGCUCCUGAAGUGAAACAAAAGUGGGCCUCGAGGCUCUUGGCAAAGCUUCGAAAAGACAUUCGUCAAGAAUGCAGAGAGGACUUCGUGAUGUCGGUCGUUGGAAACAAACCCGGCUCUUCGUGUCGUUGCGUAAUUUCCAACCCCGAUCAGAAGGGGAAAAUGAGGCGCAUCGACUGCCUUCGUCAAGCUGACAAAGUGUGGAGACUUGAUUUGGUUAUGGUUAUCUUGUUCCGUGGCAUUCCGUUGGAAAGCACGGACGGCGAACGUCUGGGCAAGUCGCAGCACUGCCAGAAUCACACACUGUGUGUUUUGCCCAACCAUAUCACAGUGACAGUUCGAGAACUGGAUCUAUUUCUUGCCAACUUCAUGUGCAACCGAGAGCACAAACAGGAUUCCAACAGUCCCGUUCGAAGUUCUGGCGAUCCAGAUUCUCACCAAAUUGGUACUGAGCAGAAUCUGGUUUCAUCUGGUGUGUUUACAGUAGCAGAGCUCUACACCUAUGCUAGAACACCCAUCAAAUGUGUAACUUCAUCACACAGUUUAAUGUUAUCAGACUUGGAGAGCUCAUCUUAUAGUGAUGGAGGUCUUGAGCAACGUUUCCCAAGUGCCGUCAGCAUACACCCACGACCUGAUGUAUAUGACCUAAGGUACAGAAAACGAAGUCGGACGAUUAGCUCUGUUUCAUCAGUCGACGAGGACUGCGAUGAUGAUGAUAGGGACAGUACAGGACUGUAUGUUCAAUCACCAGCAAGUUUCUCUUCCCAGGGGUCAAACUGGCAAAAUGAUGUUGAUUCAGGUUCCAGUGUCAUCCACUCUCCAAUGGUACCAUACCCCCCGAAAAUCAAACCAGAACAGAACUGCACAGGAUACAAUCCAAUGGAGAACCACCACUCUGCUAUCACUUGUUGUAAUGUGAAUGAACCACAGUCACCUGCAGUCACAUCAUACAGUGGUCAGACUCAGCAGUUACACACCAGGCAAAUGAGAGACUGCAAUAUGAAUGAUACAUCUUAUAUUAUGCAACUAGCAUCAGCACCUAAAGGUCAUGGACCAUCAAGUUGUGGGCUUGGCAUGAAUCUUCCACAGCAGGGAUUUACAUUCCGCCUGCCCAUGCCAAAUCCACACAUUCCUUCUGUUGGUUCUGCUCCUUGCCGUUCUGGUGCGCCCAGUGAAUUCAUCCAGCUUCUUGAGAGACCCCGCUCCAGUUCAGCACCAAAUGGUAGGCACUUUGUUCCAGGAACAUCAGCUGUCAUACCUCCUCCUUUAACGAGAUCGCAAAGUGGUAACAGUAUCAUUCAAAGCACAGGGAGCAGUAGCUUUAAUGUAGCAGAACCACGGCACUCUCCAGUACAACAGCAACAACAAUCUCCAGUGUCAUCAAGCCCAAGUAAAACAAGUCCUCCCUCAGGAAUAACACUGAACACAACUGUCCAGAUUAUCCAGUCUCCAACAAAUAAUCCAAACAGUGGGGCAUCAUCAUACAGCAAUCACAACCAGCAAGUGUUCAGCUACCCAAACUUGCCACCUGGUUGCUUAUCUGCCGUUAGUCCAUCACUUCCAAUGAGCUUGUUCACAUCACCUGGAAACACACCAAGGGGUAGUAUACCUCCUCGCUGGCCAGCAGCUAUCCAAGUAGGACCCGUCUCAAGCAGUGGAAAUGUUGCAUCUGAAGAGGAGCCCGCUGACUACCAAAUGGUGUCAGGGUUUGGCAGUAUGAAUCCAGAUGAGAGCAUGCUUGAAGAGAGGAGUUUCUUUCCAGUAAGCAACACUGCAGAGUCAGUAGAUGUUAUGUCAGCGCGGAUAUCAUCUUAAGCUGCUUGGUUCCUACAGCUCCUAAAAGCUGGCCUUAUCCUCAGCAAGCCGAGAUGGUAGGACUUAAAAUUAAAUGGGCGAGUAAAAGCCACUUCAGUCCAUCCCACAAGAUAAAAUAGUACACAGCAUGCCAAGAUGUGCCAUAAUGCAUGUCACGUGUGACUAAUACCACUAGAAGAAACUUAGCACUAAGAAAAGAUGGCUCAGCCAGGUUCAGAGAAUACUUUGGUUUUGCCAUUUGUUAAGUUAUUGUAAGUUGUUCUUCUGUAAAGAUGUUAGCAUAAAAUAUUUAGAAGCAUUCAUGUACAAACCAGAGAAUUUAUAUAGGCUUUUUAGAAUAAGAAUAACAUGGUCCUAUUUAUAAAUUGCAUCAGUAGAGUAUUUUGGAAAGUAAAUUUAAGUACAUUCGCAUUAUUUAGAAUAAUUCCAUGCGUAAACACUCAAUCGAAAGAAUAGUUGAAGUUGAAUUUCUUAAUGAUAACACACUCAAUCCACUUUUAGUUAAGUCUUGUCAUAAGUGUAAAGGCUUGAUACUAAUAGCUCAUGAGGCAAAAAAUUUGUUUAAAGAAAUGCUGGAUGUACAAUAUCUGAAUUGGUAUCUGGAUGAUUAGAUGAACUAGCGUUUUUUUUUAAGUGAGUCUAAUUACCUACUGUGAGAGUGGUGUGGUGUAGUGCAAUAACUGUGCUCUUCAGUAGACCAUAUUCAUAUAAUAGUUGCAUACAAUGGUUGUCUGUGGUCAUAGUUUUCUCUAAGAAGAUUACAUUGAUCAAACAUAAUAUAUUACCUCAAGAAACCUGAAUCUUGAAUAUAGUGAGAAAGAUUUAUGAGAUGCUACAGAUUUUCCAACAAAAUAAUAUAUAUAAUCUGCAUGUGUAAGUGGCAAUACAAAACCCUUUGUUGACAUGGGUGCAAAAUGAAUAUAAAGUUUGCUUUUUUGUGCUACCAAUCUCAUACAAAUUACUUCCUGAGGUUAAACUCACCAACUGCAUUUCCAUUUGCACAUAUUACUGGUAACAAUUAGAAAACCUGUGAUGGACACCAUGAUAAUGGUUGCUGGUUUUCAAUAAUCUUAUAUUCUACAGAUGGUGCUUAGCAAAGAAAAUGAAAAGUAGCUGUUGAUGAGUAUGGUCUUAACUUCAUUUAAGUUUAGCAUGAUAAAGAGAAAAACUUGAAAAAAUGUCUGCCUCAAUUUUAACAGUGAGAUAUUAAGUUGAGCACCAUGUAGUCAAUUCAGAAAAGAGAAAGUUUUAACUGUGAAUACAUGCCUUGCUAAACUUGUAUUCCAGUGCCUAUGAUACCAAAUGUUUUUUUGUUAAAGGGAAACAGGCUUCAGCCACAGUGGGUCACACAAGCAAAAAAACCCCCCAUAUCAAAAACCACUUUGUCAUCUCCAGUUGGCUUAUCUUUGCUAAUGAAAGUAAGACUCGUGAAAUUUUUUCUGUUUUUGAAAUGGUUAAUGUGCCGAUUCAUUGUUGUAAAUAGUCUUAAAACUGAUGGAAAUGGCUUCCCAGCUAUUGUAUCAGUUUAUUUUUCCAGGUUUAAUUUUGGAACUUUGAAAUUGUAAUUAUCAGGACAAUUAAUGCAAGAAAAUGUUCUUGAGUACAGUAAUUUUGAUAAUAAUUUUCUAUAGUUGUAGUAGAAAGGAAUAAUUUACCAUCGAUAAAAAUAUAGAAAUAGAGAAUAGAAUUGUUUUUUAGGACAUCAGGUUUGUAAAUAGUUCAUAGAGAGUUCUUGUUUUAGUACUAAUCAUGAUAAAUUUUGUAGUUUUGCAAAAAGAUGUAGAGUUUAAAAACAAUGAAAUGUCUUGCUGCUGUACUUCUAAACUGCUCAGAGCAGCUGAUUUUUUGGGCUGGUUGUAGACAUUUUAAAAUAGGGCUAUCUUUUGUAAAAGGGAUUCUUUUAUACCAAUAGUAGUUUCCUACAUUACAUUUGUAUGGUUCUGAUAUUUUGUAGUCUUCAUAAGAUAAUUCUAGUAAUACAUAAAAAUCCGUGCUGAAAAAUACAUGUCAUCAUGUUUUUCAUCUCUCUUUAAAAAUUAGUAGCAAGUGGCAGGAACACUUAAAAACUUUUUUAAAUGCCAACUGUUUUGUAUGUGAUUUUAUAAUAAGCACUAAUUAUUUGAAUACAAGCUUAAAUUUCAAAUCA